CUCGGUCCUGGUCUUUUCUCUUCAUCAUGGCGGUUUCAGAGAAGGCCCCCGAAAAGAAGGCUGAAAAAACUGAAAAGAAGGCCGGAAAGGCCGAAAAGAAAGUAAGGAAAGAGCCAAAAGAUGCAUCGAAGAAUGUGAUGCGCGAUGUUCGCAUUCGUAAGCUUUGCUUGAACAUUUGUGUGGGAGAAUCUGGUGACAGACUCACUCGUGCUGCAAAGGUAUUGGAGCAAUUAACUGGACAACAACCAGUCUUCUCCAAAGCAAGAUAUACUGUACGAUCCUUUGGUAUUCGACGUAAUGAAAAGAUUGCAGUGCAUUGCACAGUCAGAGGUGCCAAAGCAGAAGAAAUUUUGGAACGUGGCUUAAAAGUACGAGAAUAUGAAUUGAGAAAAGAGAAUUUCUCUGGUACUGGAAAUUUUGGAUUUGGUAUUCAAGAACACAUUGACUUAGGAAUUAAAUACGAUCCCAGCAUUGGUAUUUAUGGUUUGGAUUUCUACGUUGUACUUGGACGACCAGGUUUUAACGUAGCUCAUAGGAGAAGGAAAACUGGAAAAGUCGGUUUCCAACACAGACUUACCAAAGAAGAUGCAAUGAAAUGGUUCCAGCAAAAGUAUGAUGGUAUUAUUGUAGCUGGAAAGAAGUAAUAUACAUUUUUGUAUUUUACAAUCCUUCCAUAAAAACUUUGAAAACAAA